CUCCCAUUACCACCAAACACUCCGUCUCUCUCAAUACCUCAAAAUGCGUGAAGUCAUCUCCGUUCACGUCGGUCAGGCUGGUGUCCAGAUCGGUAACGCCUGCUGGGAACUCUACACCGUUGAGCAUGGUUUGAGCCCCGAUGGUCGCCUCAUGGAUGACUCGCCGUCGCACCACGACGAUGGCUUCAGCACUUUCUUCUCGGAGACAUCUUCGGGCAAGCAUGUGCCUCGCUCGCUCUAUGUCGACCUGGAGCCAAACGUCAUUGAUGAGGUUCGGAGUGGCACGUACAGGAGUCUCUUCCACCCCGAGACUCUUGUUACUGGUAAGGAGGAUGCGGCCAGCAACUACGCCCGUGGCCACUACACGAUCGGGAAGGAGCAGAUUGACCUUGUGAUGGACAAGAUUCGUCGCCUUGCGGACAACUGCAAUGGCCUGCAGGGCUUCUUUGUCUUCCACUCCUUCGGCGGUGGAACUGGCUCUGGUUUCGGUGCCCUUGUCCUCGAGCGCCUCUCGACAGACUAUGGCAAGAAGUCGAAGCUGGAAUUCAGCGUGUACCCCGCUCCUACGAUGGCUAACUCCGUCGUUGAGCCGUACAACUCGGUCCUGACGACCCACACUACCCUUGAGCACUCGGACUGCUCGUUCAUGGUUGACAACGAAGCGAUUUACGACAUUUGCAAGAAGAGAUUGAACAUCGGCUCGCCUGGCUUUGUGAACCUGAACAGGCUGAUUGCCCAGGUUGUGUCGUCGAUUACGGCAUCGCUUCGUUUCGACGGCUCCCUCAACGUCGACCUGAACGAGUUCCAGACGAACCUGGUUCCCUUCCCUCGUAUUCAUUUCCCGCUGGCCUCGUUCGCCCCCAUCAUCUCUGCUGAGAAGGCUCACCAUGAGCAGAACUCUGUUGCUGACAUGACCUUCUCUUGCUUCGAGGCUGGCAAUCAGAUGGUCAAGUGUGACCCCCGGGAGGGCAAAUACAUGGCGUGUGCUUUGCUCUACCGUGGUGACGUCGUCCCCAAGGACACCAACGCUGCCGUGAGCAUGAUCAAGACGAAGCGUACCAUCCAGUUUGUGGAUUGGUGCCCUACCGGUUUCAAGCUCGGCAUCUGCAAUGAGCCUCCUGCGCACAUUCCUGGUGGUGACUUGGCGAAGGUCACUCGCAGCUUGUGCAUGUUGUCGAACACAACGGCGAUCUCGACCGCGUGGAGUCGCCUUGACCACAAGUUCGAUCUUCUGUACUCCAAGCGGGCGUUCGUCCACUGGUACGUUGGUGAGGGCAUGGAGGAGGGUGAGUUCUCGGAGGCGCGCGAGGAUCUUGCUGCGCUCGAGAAGGAUUACGAGGAAGUUGGCAUCGACUCUGCUGACGCCGAGGAAGUUGGCGAGUACUAAAUACACCGGGGUAUUCUUCUGUUUCUCGUUCACGGUUCUGUAGUCGAGUUGUUUCCAUUCCUCUAUCGCUAUGAUGAUCACGUACGAUAUCCCAGCUCGUCCUUCUCGAUAGGGGCUUUCGCAUUAUACCAUCCAUACAGUAUAACUAAUUCUCCCGAGUUGGCAAUUCAGCCUGUCGUGGAUGGAAUCACAGAAGGUUUCUCUUUUGCGGCUCCGAAUUGUUUGUCAUCAUCCGUCUUCUUCCUGUGAGUCUAGUCAUACACGGGGGAAUUUAAAGUGGUCGUGGGCGUCU